GACGACGCGUUUAUGUGACGCCAUUUCCGGUGUAACUGACGGUCCAGGCGCCGAUUUUUGAAAACAAGACGAAUACAUUUGCGUUUAUUUUCAUUUCAUAAAACGGCUCAGCAUGGCGUCUAUCAGAGACUAUAAUGUAGUGGAGCAGUUCAACAGCCGACUGGAGGAGAUCAGGACCAAACUUCUGGAUCAGGCCAUGGCAGAGGUGCUCAAUGACCGGGCUGCGGAGCUCUGUCAGGAACACAGGCAGUACAUGAAGUCUGUCUUGGAUACUUGCUUUAAGAAAUGUAAGGAGGAUGAAACCAUGUUUGACAUGAUACAUGCUUACAAACAAGAUUUGAAGGAGAAAUCAUCUUUACUGAAAGAAAAGAGUGCUGAACAGCUUGAGGUUGUGUCGGAGAUUGAAGACAAGGAGCAUCACAAAGCACUCCUAUUUCAGAGAAUUGACAAGCUCAAGAAGGAUCAGGCCAGAAACAGGGAAUUGAUUCAGUCCCAAAACAAAGCCAACAAGGACAGACUGAAGAAGCUGAACAAGUGUAAAGACGUCUUUCAGAAACACCUCAGUCUUGAGAUCAGAAAAAUCCAAGGUGAGAAGCUGCAGUUUGUCUUCAGGAACAUCAGUCGUAAAGAUCCAGACAUGGUCCACACGUUCCUCCUCCAGCUUGAUGCAGAGGGCGUUUACCACAUCAUCUCUUGUGACCCUCCAUUGGAGAAAAUGGCACAUCUAGAACGCAGACUGCAGGAGACCAACAACUUUUCCGCCUUCCUCGCUAACGUCCGCAGAGAGUUUGUGGCGCUUCACAGUGGUGCAAAGAUGGCCUGACCGAUGAUCCAUUUAAAGCAGUCAGACCCAGACACAAUAUUUGUAGAUAUCAUUACUAAGCAUAUUGAGCUUUUAUUUACCUUUACAUUUUUUGUACAUUCAUUUAUUGAUUGGUAAUUUUAGCAAUAAACAUAACAAAGGUUUUUAAAAAAGUGCUUUGAAAUGUCUUAAUUUAGUUUUAUACUACAGUGACAAGAAGUUCUAAACCAUUUGCAUUUUGUGGUUUAUUACUGUGCAAAUAAAAUCGAUUUUUUUUUUCACAAUACAAUAGAUUUUGAUCAAAUGUUUUAUAUCCACACACUUGUAUUUCAUUGAUAGGAUUCCCAUGGUCUUGAAACACUUGAAAUCAUGACAUUUUAAAAGAAUAUAUAUAUAAAUAAGUAGUGCUGUGCAAAGAUUAA